AUGGUACACUUUGUGCAAUUCAUACUAUCAUUCCUUCCGCCCCUUGCUCUGUGGUACAGGCCAGACUCUAUAACGUGGCUCUCUUACACUUCGCCCGAACCUUGUCAUUUGACUUCCUCUCCGAAUUCCACCAAAUCGAUAGCUAUCGUUGGUGCGGGCAGUGCAGGGCUUGGGGUGCUCAAAGCUAUUCUUGACCUUCCACUAGACAUACGCUCUGGUUGGGAAGUUGUCCUCUACGAACGGCGACGGGAUGUGGGCGGACUAUGGCUUCCAGACCCUCCAGGGUAUACGCCCAAUCCACCAGAGCUACCUGAGACGCCCUGGUAUCCUCUAUUACGCACAAACACUCCGCAUCCCACUAUGACAUAUCCCCAUUUCCCGUUCGCAGGUGGUACGACAUUAUUCCCACCUGCCGACGCCGUUCAGACGUACCACGCUGACUUCGCCGUGCAUAAUGACUUGACUCCGUAUGUCAGGCUCAAUCACACCGUUGUAUCGGCUCAGUGGUAUGGCGAUGAUGCACAGGGGAACUGGUAUGUCGAGGUGCAAGCAGAUGGUGGUGGCUCGGACGAAGUCACUCUGAGGAGAGCUUUUGACCAUCUCAUCGUUGCCAGUGGGCACAAUAGCUACCCUUACAUUCCCGCGUGGAAUGGGACAGAGGACUGGCUGGCAGGAAUUUCGCCAGGCGUCGCUUGCCGAGAGAUUCUCCAUUCAAUAUACUAUCGUCGCCCGGAAAGGUACGCAAACCGGGGUGUCCUUAUUGUAGGCUCGGGAGCUAGUGCGUUUGACAUUGCUGUUCAAGUGAGCCCCUUAGCUCAGGUGGUAUAUCAAUCGGUGAAGGAAGGCAAGAAACACGCGUCGGGCGCAGCGGUUGUUCAAAAACCAGCAAUUUCACAUUUUACUCGUGAUUCAGUCGUUUUUGUGGAUGGCACUGCCGUGACCGAUGUCGACGCUGUAAUCCUAGGGACGGGCUACGAACUUCGAAUACCCUUCCUGAGUGCUCCCCAUUCAUCCGUGCUUCUUGCUGAUGCAGAUACGAGGGCCAACUCUACAACGGCAGGCAUACUCACGAGCAACCUCCGAUACCUCUUUCCUCUUCAUCGACAGAUUUUUAGUCUCGCAUCGAACCUUCCCCCCACCGCACUAGGAUUUAUUGGGCUUCCCUCCCUCGCGUCGAGUUGCCCCUUGUAUCUUGCUCAGGGAAUCUUCGUGGCACAUACACUUGCGAACUCAUCGCUUCUACCAACCCGUGAGGACAUGGUUCGGGAGCUCGUAGCACGCGAGGAACGACUACGCGCACGGGGGUAUGACCCAUAUCGGGUUGGUCACAAAUUGCUGGCGAGUGAAAAUGAAACAGAGGACUAUCAAGAUGAGCUGAUCGCCUACCUCAAGCAUCGUGGUGCCCUUCCAGAAAAUGGGAAGCCAUACGUGGAUAGCUGGCGAAGGAUGGAGUGGGGCUACGCGGUGUUCUUGUACCGGGGCUGGAGAAGGAUCCAGGCACUAGACGACGAGCAACGUUGGCUAAACGGUGUGGAGACUGAAGAACAGUGGGUUGAUAUGAUGGAUCGAAUAGUAAACUGGGAGAGGAAAUGGGAGGAGGGGCACAGCGCGGAGUCCAUCCCAAUAGAUUUCUACGUAGAGACGUAUUAG